ACGCAACACGGGUGUUUAUUUCGAGAAAUUGCUUCGCUGCAGCUUGUGAACAUGCGGGACUGGUUGCAGAUGUGGAUGCUGCUCAUGCUGGCCCCUGCUGCUGAGUUGAUGUAACUUCGUGUAAGAAAAACUCAUGAGAUAAUGCCAGUCGUAGCAACUUUUGAAAACUUGCAGUAUUCACGCCAGUGAUCAGAAAACAGUCAUUUUGUGAACAGGCGUGACAGGCUCUCGUUCAUGCUGUUUACUUCAUGCUAAGCAAUGCUGCACAGCGCGGCAGAGUCACGUUCAUUAUUUUUCAUGACUUGCUCAAGUUGGAAAAUCCCCUAGAUUGGGUGCGGAGCUUGUGGAUAUUACCAUGGAGACCUGCUUUCAUGGGUGCCACAUAACGUGACAGUGUAGGAUGCACAUGAAGGCUGGACAGCACAAUGGCAUCAGAAAUCUCUUCAAUAAGCGACUUUGAUGACAAUGAUGAGGAUGAGCUGCACACCUCGGAUGCCAAUGCCGGGGCCCUUAUGGACCCCAAAAGCAUGGUACAUUCUGGGAUGAUGUUGUCACUGCUGCAUCAGGUAUGCUCGGCGUACGAGAAGGACUCCAAGAAGGUGGAUAAGAUGUACCGCUUGAUCUGCCAGAACAUGAACAAAAUGAAUCUUUUACCUUCACAGAACGUGAUUGAUACACUUUCUUCAAUACAAGUUGCCUAUACCAACGUCUUCAGGCAGAUGAUGCACGCUACAUCACAGCACCUUCAUGAACCAGACAUGCAGCCUCGUUACCUUUCACUGCCGAGCACGGAACAGGAGAGGACAGCCGUCUUCCUCCAGUUACAGAGCCCCUCGUUUAGUCUACCCAGGAUAUCUCCAGAGGAAAUUCUGUACUCCAAAUCCACACGAUACCAAACAGAUUUUGAGGAGCUGUGCUUGAUUGGCAAAGGAGGAUUUGGCAAAGUAUACAAGGUUUGUAGCAAGCUGGACCGAUGUUUGUACGCUGUCAAGAAGAUCAAAUUGAAGCAAACAAACAUUGAAAAGUCAUUCCAGCUUGCAAAGGAGGUUCAGCUCUUAGCCAGCCUCAAGCAUCCCAAUGUGGUUGGUUACAACACUUCCUGGAUCGAACCCGAGCCGGCUAGUUCCAAUCCUAAGCAUACUUACCAAGGUGGGAGCAGACAGGAGCCGAUCUCCAAAUUGAAAUGCCUACCCUCAUCGAGUGAAAGCCCAAGAAGUUCCAGCGAGCAAGAAAGUUCCACCACAGACAAGAAAAAAGUCAAGAUUGAGGAUGUCGACUCAAAAGGGGAACUAUCGCCUGACAUUUGGACAGACAGGAACAGGGUGUCCCCUUUACACCAGCACAUGCAGCAUUCAUCCAUGGAGUCCACCGCUGGUUGUCCUAGUAGCCUCAGUCGAAGCCCAAGCGAUUCUACCAGCACAAUAGUCGCCUCGCCGACAACGCCUCUGGUGCAUUGUGAUCAGGGCAAUCUUUACAUCGACCAGAGCUGUGACGACCAUUCACUUUCAAACAUGACAGCAGCAAAUGAUAGAGUCUGUUUGAUGCAGAAAUCCUCAAAUUUCCACGGCAUCAUCAGAAGCGUCGUACAGUACAUGGUCUUCAGUGGCCACAGAAUCCACAUGCGAGACCAGAACUACUCACUUGCAUCAAGCGUCAUCUCACCAAACAUCCUUUUCUCAUCGAGAGUCGUUCCAGGAGAGUAGUUACUCUCAGUCAGUUUCGACUG